CAGUUGGUAGACAAGUUGUUGAGCAGGAACAAUCUGUCCUCUACAGCUCUAACCCUUUACCAUCUACUGUUGAGAUGUGAUCCAACGGACGCAGUGCAGCAUCAUCCCUUCUUUUUUUUUUGCAGGCUUCAGCAUAUCUAGACAUAAGAACACACCAGGCUCACCUCUGCUUCAUUAUAUCCUCCUUCCUUCCUUUGUUGCUCAUCCGCAAAAUUCAGGAUUGAAAGAUGGCUAUAUUGGUGAUCACGGCAAACCUGCAAUGCUGCCGCUGCAGAGCCAAGAUCACCAAGGUCCUGGACUGCCUCAAAGAGGAGUUUUGCAUCGAGAAGGUGGAGUUCGAGGACAAGAACAACAAGGUGGUGGUGCGCGGGAAGUUCGACGCCGAAAAGCUCCGCAAGGUGGUCUGGUGUAAGGCCGGCAAGUUCGUCAUGGAGAUCGCCAUCGUUGUGGUCUGGCCUAAGCCUGAUCCUUGCAAGACUGAGCCUUGCAAGCAUGAGCAUGAUCCUUGCAAGCAUGAGCCUUGCAAGCAUGAGCAUGAUCCGCAGCCGCCGCCGCCCAAAACAGAGUACAGGCUUCUGCCGUACCCGUACCCGUACCCAUUGUCGUACCCAGUGAUGUGCCAGAGCUGGCCGUGGCAGUGCCCGCCUCAGCAGCAGUGCCACUGCUGCACCGAGCUGUCGCCUCCACCUCCACCACCACUGCUGCCGCCGCCGUGCAAGUGCUCACCGCAUGACCAUGACCACGAGCACGAGGGGUGCGAGUGCGUCUGCAAGCCUCUACCGGCGCCGCCAUGCAACAGCAGCUGCGGCGCCACGCUGCCGGUCUGGCCACCGCAGCCGCCUGUCUGGCCACCGCAGUGGGGCGGGUGCAAUAUUGUCACCGAGGAGAACCCGUGAUCCAUCAUGUGAUCGAUGAUUACUUACUCUUGCUGCGGCUGCAUUAAGUACUUUGCUCUGGUGUGUUUCCUUGGUUAAUGGACCUCAGAAAUCGGAAUAAUCGUCAGGGGUGUGUUCGGGAUGUGUGCGUCUUUUCUUGUACUCCUACUACUUUUUAAAAAAAAAAAAUGUAAUUUCUGUUAUCUUU